GGUAACCAACUUUUAAUAUCGAGAUAAUAUUAUCGGGUUCGUUAUGUCAGAAAUCAAUGUGACCUAAACGCUCCAUCAGAUCCUUACUAUUCGCUUACCGUAAAGCGUUGCAAUGACCUACAGUAAAUCAAGAUGGCGAAGCAAACGCAGUUGUCUGCGUUUUUUAAUAUCGGAGAGAUUCAGUCUCAGAAGCGAAGUAGUUCAGCUGAAUCACGAGAUGAAUAUUAUAAACAGUACGAUAAAAAGAGGAAGAGACAGUUCAGAGUCAUGGGUUAUUGGGAGACCUUGGCUGACAGAUACAGAAACAGGAAUGAUUUGCUCACACUGCGUUUCUUAUCAAGGAAAUGAAGGAACCUCGGCUUUUACUAAAGGUUGUACUCUUUACAAAUUAGACUCUAUCGUGAAACAUGAACAGUCUAAGGUGCACAAAAACUGUGCUGAAAUUCACAAACAGAAGACCAAGGAAAUACCGGAGGCAGUCAAGAUAAUACAAUCACUGAAUAAAGAUAUUCAUGAUAGGUUGCGCAUUAUGUUUCGAAAUUGUCACUCGAUAAUUAUGAACAACAGGCCGUUAACAGACUAUCUUUGGUUAUGUGAAUUAGACGAGAUUAAAGGAAUUGAGGUGGGACAAACUUACAGAAACAUUAUGUCGGCAAAAUCCUUCAUUAAAGCCAUUUCUGAUGAUGAAUUCAAGAAAGUGAAAAUGGACAUUCUGAAUACUAAUUAUUUGUGUAUCAUAGGUGAUGGUUCCACAGAUUCAUCAGUGAAAGAACAGGAAAUGUGGUUUGCAAGAACAUGUAGACAUGGUAAAAUACAGAUGUAUUUUUUAGGUGUACAAGAGACAGAAAAAGCAGAUGCAAGUGGGAUUCUUAAUGGAUUGAAGAGUUUGAUUGAAACAAAUUUAACCCUAUCAUCUGACUGCUUUUUAAGUAAAGUUGUUUCUUUGUCAUGUGAUGGAGCUAGUGUUAUGGUUGGCUGUAGGAAUGUUGUAGGGGCACUUUUAAAGAAAAUUCAACCUUCCAUUGUUGUAGUGCAUUGCAUGGCACACAGACUCGAACUUAGUUUGAAAGAUGCAGCUAAAAAGCAUGCCUUGUAUGAUAAAGUAGUUAGAGUAUUACUGCAAGGAAUUUAUUUGUUCUAUCAUAACAGCAGUUUGAACCGCUCCAUGCUUAAACGUUCCUUUGAAGCAUUGAAGCAGGAGAAAGAUAAACUCAUGAUUCCAACUCGAUCGGGGGGAACUAGGUGGAUUGGACAUCAAUUAGCUGCCAUUGAACACUUGCUUUGUUCAUACAAGUUUAUUGUUUCCCACCUGGAACAGAUUGGUACAACAUCUGAGAGGGUUUCAAGUGACAGCAAGAGUAAACAAAAGCUUAUCUAUCUCUCUUGAAAUCCCGAAAUGUCAUUGAAUUCCUUCUGUUUUUGAUGGACAUUUUCACUCCUUUGAAAAGAAUGUCUCUGGUUCUUCAAGACCGCAACACCACUCUGUCAAGUCUGUACUGUGUCCUAGCUUCUACUAUCGAGGUCAUCGAGAAGUAUAAAACAAGUUUGGGGAGAUAAGGAAGUUGAUGAUCUGACCUCUCACUUCUCUGAUGUCUUGGAGGAAUCUGGGGUGAAGAUUGAAGAUGUAGUAACAGAGUGGACUCUUUUAAAGAAAGAAGUUCAGAACAGGCACAUGAGCAAUUAUGGAGAAAAGGCCUCUUGGGAAGUGAUCAACAAUGAACUGAGAGAAAAUCUCCCAAAUAUUCUGGAACUUAUAGAUUUAAUUGUGUCACUCUCACCUUCCAGUGCUGAGGCUGAGAGAGGAUUUUCUCAGCUUAAGUUGAUCAAGACAAAUCUAAGGAGUAAGAUGGGAAAUGAACUACUUAACCAGAGCAUGAUUAUAAAACUACAUUCCCCAUCAAUAACAAAUUUCAAUCCUGAUGAUGCCAUCACUGUAUGGAAUACAACAUCCCUUAGGGUCAGAAGGCCCUUAUGUACUCCUUUAGGCAAAAGAAAAACAGACUCUGAAAGCAUUGAUCAGGAAACAAAUGAAGUUGAAGUUGAAAGUGAUGCAGAUCUUGUCAGUGUGACUGUUGUAGAGCCUCUUCAGACUGAUGAACUUGUUGGAGAAGACUCUGACACUGAAAUUGAAUCUAUUCAAAACAUACUGGACAGUGUUGAGAUUGAACAAGAACUAGAAAUAGAAUAUUCAUAAUGAGCAAGAACUAGUAAUAGAAUAUUCAAAAUAUGUUGUUUGUGAUUUAUUUUUACACAAAUUAAAUUUUGCACAAUUAAUUGGUGUGUGGGCUAAUAAAUUUGGCUGUGGGCCCCCAAAUUUGAAAAUUUAGGGGCCCACAUGGCUAGUGAAAAUUUGAGUUAAGUUUAAACC